UUUGUCGAAACGUAAAGCCAUUGGUUACCGUGUUCAAAGCCCAUCCCAAAAACCGGAGAGGAAAAGCGCACACACAAAUAAACACACACAAAAUUCCACCCAUGGAGAUCUCUUUUCUGCAUAAAUCGUCACCCAUUUCGCAAUUCCUUCUGUUUCCGGAAGAGGAGAAAUCCAUACAUGCGUGCAUGCUUGUUUGAUAUACCUCUGCUUUCUUCAAAUUUCUGUAUCCAUAUAUGUGUAAUUAUCGGUUUUGAGGCGGUUGCGAAAAAAUGGGCGGGAGCAAAUGGACGAAAGCCAGGAUUGCGCUAGGGUUGAAGUUGAAUUCCUGCCUCUACGUGCCGAGAACGGUUGAGGAUUCUCCGCCGCCGCCGCCGCCGGCGAGAUCUUCCGGAGCCGCCUCAUUGUCUCCGACGACGCCGCGGGACUCGGAUCACCGGGUGCAAAUGCCUACUACGCCCACGCCAUCUUCUUCCGGCCUCCGCUUGCCUAAGCAAUCCUCCAAAUCCUCCAAGGUUAAAAACGGAAAUUUUAUUUUUUUUGUUGAUAAACUUGGACUUUUUUCUUUUGUUUUUUAUCCAUGCAUAAUCAUCCAUUAAUUGUUUUCGUCAGUUUCUGAUGCUUGUCAUUCGGAUCUUGAAUUUGUUCUUAUAUUUUUCUUUAAUUUUACUAAACCUUCUAGUGAAAAGAUUAAGCUUUUUGUUUGUACUAAUUGUGUGGCUUUUUGCACUAUUUACAUGAAUUUUAAAUGAUUGUUGCAAUGGGAUUUUCGUGAACAAUUAUUUCAAUGGGAUUCGUCUUUGCAUUUUGUAUAAUAUUCUUUUCAUUCUCCAACAACUUUUUUCCUUAUCUCAAGGAGUUUUCUUAAAAAACACAGAACAAAUUAUAGUGGUUUUAUUGUGAUGGCUGAAUUUGCUUAAAGGGUGUUCCUACCACGUGGGGCAGAGAAAUAGGGUUUGAUAAUGAUAAUGAUAAUGUAGCUAAACAACUCUACAAAUUUAUGCAUAUGAACUGUCAGAAAAAAAUUAGGACUUUGUUGUAAUGUAGUUUUCAGUUUCUGUGUAGUCAGAUGCAGAUAAAGUGGGUGGAGGUCCCCUUAAGACGUAGUCGGAUUCCGCUAUUGCAAAUAAUGCGCUAUUUUCCUUAUUACUAUUACUUCAAUACAUGUCCCGUGUAUGUACUUGGCUACAAUUUUUUUUUUUAUCAUUUGAUUCCUCUAUUGCAAAUGAUGUGCCAUUUUCUUUAAUAUUAUCAUGUCAAUACUUCUUUAUAAUUAUUUUGGUUUGGUGAAAUACUAUUUUUGACGAAUGAUCCUGUGUGCUUUUUGAGGUCCAUAAUCAGCUGAUUCUGGCCUUAUUGUAAAAAGCCUAAAAGGGAAGCAACAGUGAAAUCUUUCCUUUCAUUCUGCCCUUCUCUCACAGGAGGAAAAGAAAGUGCUUUUCUUGGUCAGCAACAUAACUGUUACUCACGCACAUGACAAAUACACAUUUGCCCAUUUCUCACCCCUUUUUAUAAAAUACUAAUCUUCACCUUGACCAUUGAUUGAGAGCUUUCAUGCAACAAAACUCCAUCAAAAAGAUUUGUGCAAUAUGCUUGGGAACCAUGAAACCUGGCCACGGGCAUGCGAUUUUCACUGCAGAAUGUUCGCACUCGUUUCAUUUUCAUUGUAUUGCAUCCAAUGUGAAGCAUGGAAGACAAAGUUGUCCCGUUUGCCGUGCAAAAUGGAAGGAGGUCCCUUUCCAGAGUCCUUCUGCUGAUAAAUCUAAUGGGGGAGAUAGGAUAAACAAUGUGCCCUGGCCUCAGGAUGAGUCCUUGAUGCGGCUAGUGAGACGAAUCCCUUCUCCACGAAUGGAUAGCAAUCGGAACGUUUCUUCUCUGUUUCAUGUUGUCGAACCUGAUGUGUUCGAUGAUGAUGAUGAAAUUUGCGGUGACUUACCCUGUGGCACUGGCAUCACCAAUAGAUCAUCCAGUAAGCCCAAUGAUGACGAUCAUUUUACAGGAGCAGUCGAAGUUAAAACGUAUCCGGAAGUUUCUGCUGUUCUAAAAUCAAAAUCCCACGAUAACUUUUCUGUUCUGAUUCAUCUGAAAGCGCCAACUGCAACGGCAAUGCAACAUUCUGAAACUGAUGGAGCAGGUUCUCGAGCUCCAGUUGAUCUCGUCACAGUGCUUGAUGUCAGUGGCAGCAUGGCUGGCACCAAGCUCGCUCUUCUUAAACGAGCAAUGGGGUUUGUGAUCCAAAACUUAGGUCCUUCGGAUAGGCUAUCUGUAAUCGCCUUCUCCUCAACAGCACGUCGUCUCUUUCCACUCCGUAGGAUGACUCACAAUGGAAAGCACGAAGCACUACAAUCCGUCAACUCUCUAAGCUCAAACGGAGGGACGAACAUUGCUGAUGGCCUCAGGAAGGGCGCCAAGGUGAUGAGUGAGCGCAAGUGUAAAAAUCCAGUCAGCAGCAUCAUACUGUUAUCUGAUGGGCAAGACACGUACACCACCACCUCUCCUACUGGUGGAAACGCCCGCUCCGAUCAUCAGUCGUUACUCCCAGCCUCCAUGCACAGAAAUAAUGCCUCUGGUCUUCAUAUUCCUGUGCAUGCAUUUGGAUUUGGUGCAGAUCAUGAUGCAGACUCGAUGCAUUCAAUCUCUGAAACUUCUGGUGGAACAUUUUCUUUUAUAGAGGCGGAGAACGUGAUUCAGGAUGCCUUUGCACAGUGCAUCGGGGGUCUCUUAAGCGUCGUCGUGCAGGAACUAAGAGUGGAAGUCGAGUGCAUUGAUCCAAUCCUGCAACUCACCGGUAUAAAAUCCGGAAGCUACAAUAACAUUCUAGCAUCUGAUAAAAGAAAAGGCAAAAUUGAGGUUGGAGAUCUAUAUGCUGAAGAAGAAAGGGAUUUUCUGGUGACAACUCAUAUCCCCAUCACUCAAUCCAGCAGCAAUGAGAUGCCACUCAUCAAAGUGAAAUGUGUGUACAAGCAUCCGAUCUCCAAGAAUCUAGUCACACUAGAUUCUGCAAAUGAUGUCACCAUCCAACGGCCUGUUGCAGCCGGACCAGUUGUGGUGUCGAUGGAAGUAGACAAGCAGCGCAACAGGCUCCAAUCCGCUGAAGCCAUGGCAGAAGCUAGAGGCGCCGCAGAGCAAGGUGAUCUAACUUCAGCCGUUGCCAUCCUAGAAAACUGCCGUAAACAGCUCUCAGAAUCCGCGUCAGCACGAGCCGGAGACAGAUUAUGCACCGCAUUGGAUGCUGAAUUGAGGGAAAUGCAAGAAAGGAUGGGAAACAGACAGACUUACGAAACAUCGGGAAGAGCCUACGUCCUGUCCGGACUGAGUUCGCAUUCUUGGCAGAGGGCAACUGCGAGAGGCGACUCCACGGACAGCUGGAGUGUCGUUCAUGCGUACCAGACGCCGUCCAUGGUGGACAUGGUGAAUUUGUCCCAGACCAUGAUCUUAGGUAACCCGUCGCCUCGACCGACGAUCAGGCCAACGAGAUCUUUCCCUGCAAGGCAGCAGCAGCAUCCCAGCUGAUGCCUUGUUAUGUUGGGUAUGCUAAGACUGUCACAUUCUAUCAUGUCAUGCCUUCUUAGAUUUGUUAUUCAUUCUUACAUUCUGAUAUCUCUGCUGGCUUGAAAAUUUUGGGCGGGGGGCUUGUAAUAAAAAGGACAAAGGGGUAAAAAGGGAAAGAGGAUUGUGAGUGGUUUUGUUUGUUUGUUGUUGAUGGGUUGGGGUAUAUUAACUUCAAGUGUACAUGCAAGGUGAUUUUGGGGGAGUGGAAUUUAGUAUUUCGUAAUCAUCGGAUUCGUAGUUAGUAUGAUAUUAUUCGUUUUAGACUUACACGCUAAUGAAAAUAUUUUCUACAUUUAUAAUGUA